AGCUCCAGACUUCACCGGUUUGCCCACAAAAACCAGCCACUGAGCCUCCAACCAACGGGUCCCCCAGCAGGAAAGUUAUUACAACCAAGUCCCUCCUCCACCGCCGGCCAGCAUCUCUGGCCACCGUGUGUUGCAUAAACUUGGACUGGCCAAGCCCACGUCCUUCCCCGGCGGCGGCGACAUGGGGUUCUCGCUGUACCCCACGAAUACGUCGACAACGCGCAUGCCGUGGAGCACCAGCUUCUUCCGCCACAAGUUCCCGGCCGCCGCGUCCUCCUUCUGAUUAAGCGAGCUCCGGGCCCCCGGCCGGUCGGCCGCCUCCGUAUUUGCGCAGGGGGUGGAGGAGGAGCACACGUACAUAGACGUGAGUGUACGAGUACAAACAACGUUGCAAGAUAGCCUUGUCUUUCUUUGGUCCGUGUAGUAUUUGGCACAUGGACUCCGGCCGCCUCAUGAUCAGCUCCGCUACGCCAUUCCGCGGUGCCGGUGCUGGUGGAGGAGGCGGACAGAUGCUGCUGUUCGGCGGAGGCGGCGGCUUCCAUGGAGGCGCGCCGGUGGUCGCGGGCGGCGCGGAGGACGGGCGGCACAAGCGGCCGUUCCUGAUGGCGCACGGGGAGCUCCAGCUCGAGCUGGACGAAGCCGAGCUGUGCAGCUUCGGCGAGCCUGAGCGGAAGCGCCGGCUGACAGCAGAGCAGGUGCGGGCGCUGGAGCUGAGCUUCGAGGAGGAGAAGCGGAAGCUGGAGCCGGAGCGGAAGAGCGAGCUGGCGCGGCGGCUGGGGAUCGCGCCGCGGCAGGUGGCCGUGUGGUUCCAGAACCGCCGCGCUCGGUGGAAGGCCAAGCAGCUCGAGCAGGACUUCGACCGCCUCAGGGCCGCCCACGACAAGCUCCUCGCCGGCCGCGACGCGCUCCUCGCCGACAACGACCGCCUCCGGUCACAGGUGAUCACAUUAACUGAGAAGCUGCAAGCAAAGGAGUCGCCGGCGUCACAGCAGGAGGAGCAAACCGCGCCGUCAGCCACCGCAGACACCACGGCCUUGGCCUUGCAAGCUGCAGUAUACUUUCAGCUCAUCAAAGAAGACCAAAUCUGCUCCGAGACCAUCGCCAACGCGGUGCCGGCGAUGAGCUUUGCCGAGGGAGCCAAUAACGACAGUCCGGAGUCCUACUUCGCCGGUGCUCCCUCGCCACCGUCGCCAUCGGAGGGCGACUGCGGCGAUGAGGGUUGCUCCUUCGCCCUCCCCGACGCCAUGCUCGUCGCAGCCGUAGAGGAGCACGGCCAUGUGAAUGCUAAAGAGGACGGUUGGGAAUGGUUGAUCUGGAACUGAACAUCUGCAUCUUUAAGCGGAUGAAAUUGCAACGUCUAUUGGAAUUGCGAUGUAAAUUUAGUUUUGUGUUUCACCUGUAUUGAUAGUUAUGAUAUCUUUUGCUGGUUGGGAGAUGUUUGAUUUAAGCUUGAAAGUGUUCAUCAUGAUAUAAAGUGAUAAACUAAGUUAAAAUA